GCUCCAACCAUUCGAGACCUAAGAUGGCGGACCGGCGGCGACGGAGGAGGCGCGCGUCCCAGGACAGCGAGGACGACGACGAGUCCGGUUCGGGUUCGGACAGCGGGAGGUCGGGGUCGCCGGCUAGCAAGAGCCGGGGGAGGGACCCCGAACCACCGGAGCCGACAGCGACUCGGGUGGAGGCGAAGAGCGACGUGGAGUCCGAGUGUGAGAGUGAAGAUGGAGUCGGAGAAGCUGUACUAUCUGACUAUGACAGUGCAGAUCCAGAGGAAAACGGUUCCCAUUCAGAGGGAGUGGAGGAGGAAGAGGAGGCCGAGCAUUUCAGUGAUGAGGAAGCUCCUGCUGCAGCCAGUGAGCCCAAACCUCCUGCUGCAGAUGUUCCAGUGAAGGAGGAGGAGGAGGGGCCCCAGGGAGAGGAGGAGGGGGAGGCAGAGGAAGAGCAGGGAGGACAGAGUAAAGAGGAGAGUAAAGCAGAGGAGAAGGGGAACCUAGCCGGAGAGAGGCAGAGCGGUGACGGACAGGAGUCUACAGAUGACCCUGAAACAAAGGCGGGAGGAAAACCGGGUCAGAAGCUCGAUGAUGACGAGGACAGAAAGAACCCGGCCUACAUCCCAAGGAAGGGUCUGUUCUUCGAGCACGAUGUGAGAGGACAUGCUCAAGAGGAGGAGAGACCAAAAGGUCGGAACAGGAAGUUAUGGAAGGACGAGGGUCGCUGGGAACAUGACAAGUUCAGGGAGGAGGAGCAGGCACCGAAGAGUCGUGAGGAGCUCAUUGCGAUUUACGGUUACGACAUCCGAAACGGAGGCGGACCCGGAGACCGAACGUAUCGGCAGCGCAGACCCAGACAGAGCACAUCCCCUAGCAGAGACAAGCGAUGGAGAGAUGGAGGAGGAGAGCGACCAGUGCGAUCCUGGCAGGGAGGAGGAGGUGGAGGAGGUCCAAACCGAGGAGGAGCUCCUCCGCCUUCAUCUAUCCAUCCCUCUUCUACAGCGCCCUCUUCUGUCCCUCUUUCCUCCGCUCAGCGUAACAGCAAUCCUUCCAGACCUCCUCCCUCCCGCAGUAGACCCCCCCACCAGGGUCAGAUGCACCUCCCACCUCAGUCCCAAUACAGGAACAAUGAAUCAAACGCACCCCAGACACAUCCCAGAGACCGCCAAGGACCUAAAGCUCCAUCUGACCCCACAGGAGAGCGAGUCAGCAGGGGAGGGCGAGCUGCUGGUGGGGGUAGGGGGGGUCCCUCUGUGGUCAUUGAGGAUGUUACUGUCAGCCAAGGAAGUGUUAGAGAACAGGACCUCAGUGCUGUAACCACAGUGGCGGCAUCACAGCCCGGUGGUUAUCAGUCUGCAUCACCACGGCGACAGCAGCAGGAACAAAGAGGGAGUGCCGAAAGAUCCACGACAGGAUUGGCUGCUACUUCCUCCGCCUCUGACCCCGCGCUGCAGUCGUCAGCAACAACAGCGACCAAUCGGGAGGCCUCUCCUCCCACAGAGCGGCCAGUGGAGCGUAAGUCUUACUCUCUGGCUCGCAGGACUCGCUCUCGGCCCGCAGACCUGGGCAGCAAACAGCCGUCUAUGGAGGAGUCUGCUGCCGGAGGAAACACCUCCUCCCCUGGAAGCGUGGGAGGGAAGAAUUGGGCAGGCGAUGGCCCUGGUCAGACCGGAGGAGGUGGAGCGCUAGCAGAGCUGGACCAGGAUGUGGCUCGACUCAGUCUAGCAGGACAGAGCUGGACUCAGAGCCCUACGUCCUACAUCCGCUCUGAGAUGAGAGGUCUUCCCAACCCCAUGCACCUUCCUGGUGGACCGCCUCAGUUCUCCAGCAUGGAAGAAAUGGGUGUAUCCUCCAAUCGGGCCAAACGCUACUCCUCCCAGCGACAGCGGGCUGUUCCAGAGCCAGCACCACCCAUGCAUCUGGGAGUGAUGGAGGGGCACUACUAUGAACCCAUGUCAUACCAGGGACCAAUCUACGCACAUGGGGAUGGCCCUGCCCCCAUCCCACCGCAAGGCAUGCUGGUCCAGCCAGAGAUGCACCUUCCCCAUCCCGGUCUCCAUCCCCACCAAUCAGGGGGCCCGAUUGCUAACCCCGCCCUGUACGGAGGUCCUCCUGUUUCUCUGUCACCAGGGCAACCACCUCAGCAGCUGCUGCCACCACCGUUCUACCCUCCACCAGGCGUUAUGACUUUCCCAUACCCAGCCAUGUACCCAAGUCCACAAGGUCAGUCCCAGGUGACCUAUGGUGGUGUGACGUACUACGACACAGUGCAGCAGCAGGCUCAGCCCAAACCUUCGCCUCCCAGACGUACGUCUCAGCCCGUCACAGUCAAGCCCCCCCCUCCAGAGGUGCCCUUUGCCUCAGAGUGACCCCGCCCCUCACCCCUCCCCGCCUCCCAUUCUCAGCCUCACUCCGAUCGCUAAUGUACAGGAGUGGGAUGGGAGGGUCAGUGAGGAGCUGCGGUCUCAAACAGUAGUCAUCAGAUAUCCAAGGAGGGACACUUGGACGGAUUCUGCAGGUGGACUCAGACUUUUUUGGUUUUCUGUUUUUUCUUUUUUUUUCCUAGUUCUGGGGCCUGUAGCGGGCGAGUCAGCCAUGCACGGACUGUUUUGUUCUUCGUCGCAGGUUCUAUCCCACCAACGUGUCUUUGAACCUGAACACGUCUGCCUGAUAAGUUCAAACCCUUUAGAGCCUCUCUGAAGCAUUUAUCAUUACACAGUCACAGGUGGUUUAAAAAUCUGAGCUGUCGGGAGGAAAUGUUGGGAUCAGAAUUUUGAUUUUUUUUUUUUUUUUUUUUUACCCAAACAGAAGUCAGACUGAACCCUGAAAGCAGGGGAUAGAAACGGUGUGCUGACACUUUGUUAUCCAGUUACUUCUUACUGUACAUUAGCUGUUUUUGACCAAUAGGAGGCUAAUUUCCAUAAAGUUUAACAAGACACAAACAGAAGCUUACUUAUGUUAAAGCAGAGUUUAUCUACUGUGUGAACGAUGUUUGUGUGUGUAGUUGGAGUGCAGAUUUCAGUGUUCAGUCGACCCGGUGCUUCCAGAUGUUACCGUCAUGUUACAGAUGAAGACAUUUGUCAGUUUGGAUGUUUUCUUCUUCAUGCAUACAGGCAGACAGAUAGUUUCUCAAGUUGAGGAAGCAAAAUCUUCUGAGAGUUUAGUUGAGAAAAUUUCAGAAAAUAUGUAUUAAAAAUAUCUUAAAUGUCUUUUUUUGUCCAGAUCUCAGAGAUAUAGGCCAUGUUUACAUGACAGUGAUUACUGAAAAUUGAGCUAUUUUUCAAAAAAAAAAAAAAAGUGGGUUCAAACAACUUUUUGACACGUCAUGCACAUGGAGCCACAAAACAACUGAAGACACACCAGCUUAUGACUAAAGACUGUGUAGUAUUCAUGCCAGGCCAGUGGUUGGAUGCAUGCAUUCAUAGGAUGGAGCUAUGCUUGCUGUUAUAUGUAUACAAUCUCAAGCGCUUUCUAAGUGUUGGUUUGACACAUGAGCUGUGGCACAUGUGUGGUAGAGGCAGAGGAGGCGUGACAAACAAAGCAGCUGACACAACUGGAAUUUUAAAGAAAAACUUAGAAACUAAGUCCACAAUCCUCCACAUAUUUAUGAUCUGAUAUUGCUACUUUACAAAGACAAACAUGUCUGUCAAACCAGCUGGUGAUUGACAACUUCUGUCUCACAGUCAACAUUUAGACCUGGACAAUAAUUUGAAUCUGAUUGGUGUUGCAGUUGAAAAAGUGACCGUGUAAACUGGUGACUUUCAGCUGAGUGCGUUUAUGGCUGUUGAUAUUAGUUUAGUUUCCAUUAAACUCAUAUCUGAUGGGGGCAUUUGACAUAAUGAUAAAAAAACAUUUUUUUCUGUGGCUUUAGUUCUGCACAGAUUUCCCAUUUAUGGCCUCCAUUGACAUCUUGCACUAUCCUUGUAUCUACAGUUUAAUGCAUGUACAAAGCUAACCAGCUCCCUCAUGAUUGAACCAGUCAGCACAAAAACGUACAUGUGUGUACAUAUUUCUCCACAAGGAUGGAGGAACUACCUAUCCCAUGAUCCUUUGCUAUUCAUUUUAUUUAUUCUGAAUGAUAAUUUGCAAACUUUCAAACAAUAUAUGUAACUUUUACUACACCUAUCUUUGUUGUAUUUUUUACAUUUUGUGGUAAUAUAUUGUAGCUGUAGCCAACAUUCAUUGUUUAUGGGCAUGGUAGGCUUUUCCAUGGUUUAACCAGACCCCACCAAUCAGAGACUUUCCUGUGACUUUAGGAUUGUGGCUACUGUAGUUUUUUUGGCCAAGAUCUUCAGUAAUCUAGGGAUGUGCCAUAUAUACUUUAGCUAUGAAAAUCUGCCAGACCUACAGCAGCAAGUUUCCGUUAAGCUCACCAAGUUACACGGUCACUAAUUAAACCAGUACACCAGGAGUACACAGAGGAAAAUGUUGGAGUACCGGGGUUCAGACAGUGCUGAUCUGACCACUGAGCUGAUUUGUUUUUAUUAUUAUUAUUGAUGAUGAUUUGUUAGUUUUGAGCACAUAAUUAUCCCAGAUUCACUGUCUCCAUUUUUAUAGUUUACCUCCCACACAUCAGGUAGUUGUAUACAGCCUGCGCUCUCUCAGGUGCCCUCUAGUGGUGUCCUUCAGUAACACGUGUUGGAUAUAGGCAGGUAUAUCUACUGGAAUGCUCAUGACGCAGCCGCUGCGAUGGCAAGUAUGUCUUCACCGUUUUAGUUUUUACACAUCAGUGUUUUGUAGAAGGACAAGUAUAGCAGAGCACAUCAACAUUUGAGUAGAUUUAUGACUCUAAGUGACUCUAAACUACAAAGCAAGUCAGCUGAAAAAAUGUCUACAUGGUGGUGAACAGCACAAACAGAACCCUGUGGCAUUUUCAAAACUCCAGACCUGUUUUCAAAACAUUUUUAGGAUGUGAAACACCAUUUUCAUGUGAAAGAACAGCCAAAAUGCAACAAAAGAUGUCUGUUUUUAGUUGAAAUCAUUGUCAUGUAAACGUGGCCUUAGUUUACUGUUAUAUUAAACAGAUAUGUUAUAGAAGCUGCAGGCUGAGAGGAAUAAUUGGUUUCAGUAUUAAAUCAGUUUUCUGAUUUAUUGUCAUGAAAUUUUCUUUGUUACGUAGAGAUAGAUGAAUCAAACAAUGGUUGAUUGUUGGUGUUUUCUGCUCAUUUCUCUACGUGGAGUGUUUGCUGUAUAUAUAAAUCUAAAUGUGUAUAUAGAAGCUUGAACAGAUAAAAUAGAGCAGUAAAUCCUAUUCUAAUAAAAGUGCUACAGAACAGUCAGCCUCUGAUUGAAAACACAUCGGCAGGGACCUCGAAUGUUAACGGUGGAUUUAAUUUAGAGAAGUAGGGACGAUAAAGGAGCUGUGUGGCUUUAGCUUCGUCUGUUUUCUGUUUUUCCUUUUUCAAAUGUCACUGUUUAAUUUUAAUACUGUUUUUCUAUUAUUAUUAUUAUUAUUAUUAGUGAAUGCAGGAGAGAAAUGAUUUAUUUGUUUUCACGUGUUAACUCCCUUAAAGGCACACUGAGGAAACCACUUUAUAAAUUGAAAUGACUAACUCCUGAAUGGAUAAAUAAAAAGACGUUUUCAGAGUUGAAAUUAACCAGAAAAACUUGUUAAAGUGUAUUUUUCCAUUUCUCCUAUUCCAGCUGUUUCUUUUAUAUGAAAGGUGAAGAAUGUUCAUGGGUUUGUUGUCAAAUAAAACCAUAAAAAUGA